UCUUUCCUGCAAAUCGAGCUGAGUUCCGCGGAGGUUUCCACUUUCAGCCUGAGGUAGUUCACACACUGAACCGACGAUGGUGACGCGAGCUGCGUUGUUGCUGCUCGGACUCGGAGUGUGCUCGUGCCGGGCAGAGAUCGCUCCACCCACCCUCAACAUCAGCCUGGACGAUGACCCAGAGGUGCGAUGGGUGCCUCUAACGGAAAUCUUUGACGCAGACUUUCUCAAAAAAGCCGCCGCAGAGGUCAUAGACUCCACUGUUCCAAAAUGGGUGCAUCAAGCAGUCAAACCCAUUGUAGUGGCCUUGGACAAGUACAUUCCCCAGCCUUACGCAGGGGAGAUCCGCGGCCUCGCAGAACACUUUGGAGGAAGCCUUUCAGAUAUCAUCAUUCUUAACUUUGCCUAUGAAGUAUCAGCAUUUUGCACCAGCAUCAUAGCCCAGGAUAAAAAGGGACACCUGUACCAUGGCAGGAACCUUGACUAUCCACAUUCGGUUUUGAGGAAUCUGACAGUCAACCUAGUUUUCCUCAAAAAUGGAGAGGUGGCCUACCGUGGAACUUCAUUUGCGGGCUAUAUUGGCCUGUGGACAGGACAGAGUCCUAACAAGUUUACUGUGUCUGGUGACCAGCGAGGCAGUGAACACUGGUGGAACUGGUGGAAGAAUUUGGUGUCUGCUUUCCUCUUUCGGAGAUCCCCAGUUAGCUGGCUAGUUAGGCAGACACUGGAGGAAGCAGAGGACUUUCAGGAUGCGGUCAUGCGUCUUUCCAAAAUCCCCAUCAUCACUGGGGUGUAUUACAUUGUGGGUGGUGUGCGAGCAGGGGAAGGGGCGGUCAUUACUCGAGACCGGACCGGCCCAGCUGAUAUCUGGCCCCUGGAUCCUGUUAAUGGAGAAUGGUACAGAGUGGAGACAAACUUUGACCACUCGCCCCCACCUGCCAGAGAUCAUCGAAGAGAAGCAGCAAACAUAGCACUAAAUGCUACUGGCCAAGACCACAUCAACAUAGAGACACUUUAUCAGGUUUUGUCUCUGUUUCCAGUGUGUAACGGAAUUACAGUUUACACAACAACAAUGAGUGCAGCUUCUGACACAUACAGUACACUUGUCAGGCCAAAGGGCUGCAGACCGACCUGAAAGACACAGAGCAGUCCACACACAGACUGAUGCUGCAGUGGCCUUCUGUUUCAGAACUUUAAAUUAUUUACUUAUCUGCAGGUUUCAUGAUAAUGUGGAGAUUGUAUGACAAAUGGAUAAGAGAGGGAAUUUUGAUUUCAACAUUUUUCGGAUGACAGUGCUCCUCGAUAUCUAAUAAAAAAAAUGUUGACAUUUUUGUCAUAUUGAUCUGGGUCCGUGUACGAAGUAUAAUUCAUUUGCAGUAGUUCAUGUUGUGAAAUAAAACAUGCCAGUUUAA